AUGCAUAAUAACAUGGGGCUUGAGCACUCAAAAGCACAUUUAGUACUUGGCUCUGAACUCCUUGGCAGCGUUAACCAUGUUGGUCAAAGAAGCCUUGGUCUCCUCCCAACCUCUGGUCUUCAAACCACAGUCUGGGUUGACCCAGAACUUGUCCGCAGGGUAGACCUUCAAGAUCUCCUCGAUUCUGGCAACAAACUCCUCCUUGGAAGGAAUUCUUGGAGAGUGAAUGUCGAACAAACCCAAACCAAUGUGGUUAGGGUAGUCAGAAAACUCUCUGAUGUAGUUGGCGUCAUCCUUCUUGGAGAACUCGAUGGACACAACGUCAGCAUCCAAGGCCUUGAUGUGGUUAGGGUCCAAGUCGGAGUAGCAGAAGUGCGAGUGGAUUUGGGUAGAGUCUGCGACACCAGAAGUGGCCACUCUGAAAGAUUGCGCGGCCCAGUUCAAGUAGUCAGAUCUUUCUUGGCCAGCUCUCAAUGGCAAACCUUCUCUGAUGGCUGGCUCGUCGACUUGAAUGACAGUGAUACCUGCAGCUUCCAAGUCCUGGACUUCGUCUCUCAAGGCCAAACCCAAUUGCAAAGAUUGCACCUUUUGCGAAACGUCGUCUCUUGGGAAAGACCAUCUAAGACAUGUGACUGGACCGGUCAACAUACCCUUGACUGGCAACUUGGUCAAAGAUUGAGCGUAAACGGACUCCUUGACGGACAUGGCCUUUGGUCUAGAGACAUCACCGACAAUGAUUGGUGGUCUGACGUAUCUGGAACCGUAAGAUUGGACCCAACCGUUGGUGGUGAAAACGUAACCGUCCAAUUGCUCACCAAAGUAUUGCACCAUGUCGUUUCUCUCUGGCUCACCGUGCACCAAGACGUCCAAACCAAUCUCCUCUUGGAAUCUGAUGACAGUCUCGAUUUCCUGCUCGAUGAACUUCUCGUACUCCUCCUUGGUGAUAGUGCCCUUGGUGAACUUGUUUCUGUUGACUCUAAUGUCCUUUGUUUGAGGGAAAGAACCAAUAGUGGUGGUUGGGAACAAAGGCAAGUUGUACUUCUCCUUUUGAGCAGCCAAUCUGGUUGGGAAUGGCGACUUUCUGGUCGACAAAGACUCGUUGAUAGUGGCCAUUCUCUCUUGCACCUUAGGGUUGGUGGUGAUAGAAGACUCUUGUCUGGCCUUGAUGGACUUGGCGUUGGCAGCGUAAAUGGCAGAAACAUCUUCACCAGAAGCUUCCUUGGCAAUAGAAACAACAGCGUCCAACUUUUGAGUGGCAAACUGGAACCAGUCAGCAAUCACUGGGUCCAACUUGGUCUCGUUCUUCAAGUCCACUGGGGUGUGCAACAAAGAGGAAGAAGUGGCGACAAUAACUCUGUCAGCACCGAGCUUCUCGAUAGCCUUCUUAACCACAGCAGAAGCCUUGGCGUAGUCGGUCUUCCAGAUGUUUCUACCGUCAACAAUACCAACGGACAAAACUUGCUUGGAGUUCAAGAUGGAGACAACAUCAUCGAAUUGCUCGGCACCUCUGACAAAGUCAAAGUGGAAACCAGAAACAGGCAAGCUCUUGAUGGCAGCCAAGUUAGGUCUGACGUCACCAAAGUAGGUGGUCAAGACGAUUUCUGGCAAGCCUUCGCCAACCAAUUGCUCGAAAGUGGAUUGGUACAAUUUCUGGACAGACUCAGGCAAGUCCAAAACCAAAACAGGUUCGUCAAUCUGCACGGUCUUGGCGCCGGCCUUGUACAACUCGGUCAACAAAGACUUGUAAACUGGCAAGAACUUCUCCAAAAGAGAAAUAGGCUCCAAGUCCAAAGAGUCCUUGUCGGCCUUACCCAAGUACAAGUAGGAGAUUGGACCCAACACAACUGGUCUGGUCUCAACGCCCAACUCCUUGGCCUCCAAGUAUUCGACAACAGGCUUCAAACCAGCCUCGGUGUUCAACUUGAACUCGGUGGAGUGAGAGAAAGUUGGUCUGACAUAGUGGUAGUUGGAGUCAAACCACUUGACCAUUUCCAAAGCAGUCACGUCAACAGCAGCCUCGGUCUCGGUGGCCUUUCUUUGCAAACCUCUGCCCAUGGCGAACAAAACGUCAAUUGGAGCCAAGUCGUACUUCUUGUAUCUGUCUGGGAUGACAUUGAACAAGAGCGACAAGUCCAAAACCUGGUCGUAGAAGGAAAAGUCGUUGGAGGCGAUGAUGUCGACACCAGCAUCCUUUUGCAACUUCCAGUUGUGGGCUCUCAAUUCUUUACCCUUGGCCAACAAGUCGUCAACGGAAACCUUCUUGUUCCAGUAAGCUUCGGUGACUUUCUUCAACUCUCUCUGGCCACCAAUACGGGGGAAACCUAA